AUGCGACUUUUCGAAAAUCAUCGGCUCGCCAACCAGCGUGUAAAGCUUGAGGCGACCAUGCCAAAAAAGAAAUAUCUCGGACGGGCUCUAGUUCGUCAAAAUAAACGCAAGGAUAGGCGACCUUUUAACUAUGCUAACCCUGAAGACUCCCCUGAUUGGUGUCAUCUUCCUGUGAAAUCCAUUACUCAAGAGACUACUUUGGAUGAUUUUUUGCAUACGGCAGAUUUGUCCAACAGAGACUUUGCAGCUCAGAAAGUGAAUGUUAGAGUUUUAUCUAAGGCCGAGAUCGUUGGCAUAAUAACUCCGGAGGAGAGGGCAAGGCGCAAAGUUUUAAUGCAGCAAAAUAAAAGCGCCCUAACCGUCCUCAAAAGACCAAAAAUUAAUCGGAACAUGACAAAAGAAGAAAUAGCUAAUGCCGAACAGGGAGCUUACUUAUCUUGGCGUCGGGAUCUCGCAAGGCUGGAACAGCUAGAUGGGAUUGUGAUAACUCCUUACGAGCGCAACUUGGAAUUUUGGCGGCAGCUGUGGCAAGUCGUGGAACGAAGCGACGUCCUGGUUCAGGUUGUCGACGCUCGGCAGCCUCUUCUUUUCUUCUCUACCAGUCUUAAUGACUAUAUCAGAGAGGUCGACUCCCAUAAGGGAACCGUAGUCCUCAUAAAUAAGUCUGACUUUUUAACACGUAAUCAAAGGGACGCUUGGGCGAAAUACUUUGACUCUGUCGGCGUUCGUGUUCUGUUUUUCUCUGCACUCAAUAGCCAAAGUCAACUUUCCGUUCAAAGUAUCAGGGAAGGCCACGGCCCUUCCAGCAUUCCGGAAGAAACCAAAGAAGAACUAGAAGCCGAAAUAUUGCAAGAUUCUCUUAGUGUUGACGAAAUGUGUAAAGAUUUUGAUGAAUCGAGUUUGACUUCAUCCGAAACCUCGACAAUGCACGGUGAGAGUGAGGAGGAGGGCGGAGGGGAGGCUUCAAGUGAGUCGUACAGUAGUGCGGCUGACGUCUUGAAAGAGAAAAUUGAGGUGGUCAAUGGUUGCGAUGUCCUGUCAGUGCAUGAGCUGAUAGAUGAAUUGACUCACCUGGGGACGAGACAUGGGGAUUUCCCCUACCUCACGGUGGGAUUCCUGGGCUAUCCCAACGUGGGUAAGUCGAGUACACUCAAUGCCCUGUGUGGCGCAAAGAAGACCCCGGUUUCGGCAACUCCUGGCAAAACGAAGCACUUUCAGACUAUAUUCCUUCAACCAGAUUUGCAACUCUGUGACUGCCCAGGUAUGGUAAUGCCCUCCUUCGUCUACACUCAAGAAGACCUAGUCGUUGCUGGCAUCCUUCCUAUUGAUGAAAUGCGAGAUUGCAUUCCCCCGAUUCGUGUCAUAUGCGAACAAAUUCCACGAGAGGUGCUCACCGCCCUCUACGGUAUCUCUAUUCGUCCGCCGAAGGAGUUCGAGGAUCCCAACCGACCACCGACGCCUCAUGAGUUGCUUGCCGCCUACGCAUAUCUUGCCAAGAUCUUAUGCGAUGAUGAUCCCAAAGGAGUGGAACCACACAAGUGGUCAAUCGAUUUUCAGUCACGCGAGCGCAGUCAAGGCCUCCGGUGCGUGAUUGGUUGGGGAGGUGACAUGAUCAGCUGUUUCUGCGCGACACUUCGAGCGCACACGCGAGGUGCGUGCAUGUCGAGCCCAAGCAAGUGUGCCUACGUAGGCAACUUCGUUCGCGAUAAACACGGACAUCGCCCUAUCAGGCUGCUGUUGACUAGCCCUCUGACCACCGAGAACGAUGUCGAAGAAAACACGGCGAAUAACCCUUUCAAGCAGGCCGACAAAGCCGCUAAUCCUGCGGGCGCUAAACCGAACUUUUUGGCGUCCAAACGGUCGGGUGCGGCCUCGGCCAAGGAGAUUAUGCUGCACUGGUGCCAGGUCAUGACCAAGGGAUACCCGCACGUGGAGGUGAAAAACUUUGGCAGUAGCUGGGCAGACGGAAUGGCUUUCUGCGCACUCAUUCAUCACUUCUACCCUGACGCUUUUGACUUCUCCACUCUGAAACCGGAGAACCGGAGGGCCAACUUUGAACUUGCAUUUAAAACUGCCGAGGAGCUGGGCAACGUGGCGCCACUUUUAGAAAUGGAGGAUUUGCUGAGAACUAAGGUACCUGAUUGGAAGUGUAUCUUCACGCAAAUCCAGCUUUACUACCGUCGAUUCCAACUGGAACAGGGCGCCAACGCCAAUAAGCCUCCAGUGGGACUCCAUCCUUCCGCUCCCCCGCCCAACCCUGAGGGCAGCUCCGCUUGA